AAAAAGGAUUCAAGGAUCAAGGAUUACUUGAUUACACUUUCAAUAACGUCUGUAUGAAAUUGUCAGUUUUUAAUCAUGAAACUCUGUUUCUGCCAGUUCGCCAGUUUUGUUAACGGUGACCUAACUAAUGUUUGUUUUAUCUUUUUUAAGUAAUGAAAAUUGAGUUUUUAUGUCCCUGUUUUUUUUAAAUCUACAUUGAAAAUGGAUGAACUUUAAAUGCAUAUGAGUAUCUGUGAUUUGAUUAUUUGCUAGAUUUUGAUAUUGAUCCGAAAGCAAAAGUGAUGUUUUUUCUAAACAAGUGGGUGACGGAGGCAGAGUGGGACACACCUGAGUGAGGCAGCCAAGAAAAACAAUCCUCCAGAACUCCUCUGACCUGUUUUCCAGGCAGCCAGGAGAUAAGUUGAAUCAUGACUGAAUUAUGAUAACGUCCAUCCCUUAAAGUAUGUUGAUCGCCAUAUUGAUUGAAUUCUCCUCGUUGACAGACAGGAGGCCAGUGUAGAUUGCUGAGAAGUGGAGUGAUGUGAUCUACUAUUUCGGUUCUUGUUAGGACUUGACUAGCAGCGUUCUGUAUCAGCCACAGCUGUCUGGUGGAUUCUUUGCUGUGAAGACACCAAAUCUCGCUGAGACAUAAGUCCUUUUUGUCCUUGAUAUAUUCUUAAGGUGAUAGCAGGCUGACUCUGUAACUGUUUUAGUGUCACUGCUGAAAUUCAGGUCUGAGUCCAUGAUCAAACCAAGAUUUCUGUCUCAGUUUGUAGUUUUUUUUGUCAACAUUACAGAUUGAAGCUGAGCAGAAACUGUUAGUACAGUGUGUAAAGACAGGAAAAGGCCGGGGACUUAACUGUGGCUGCACGGGAGCCCCUCAAAAUGACUGUGCAUCUCAAUAUAAAGAACUAUUAAGGCAUAGUAAGACAUUACAUCUAACAUCAAACAAAUCAGUAUGUAGACAAGGCAAUUCAUUGUCAUUACAAGAUUGCUCCAACGUGGGUGUCUCGUUUGGUUGGGUUCUACUGACAGGACAACUACGGGAAGAAGAAAUGGAGGCGGCUCUAUGCAUUGCUUCAGUGAGAUUUCCAAAGAAGACUGUAAGAAGUUCUUCCCUCCUUUGUCAUGACCUCUGAAGCACUCCCACAGACGCAGAAACCCGCCCCUUUCAGGGUACUUCACCUUACUGAAACGAACACAUUCACGCUGCUCACAUCUUGAGACAAUAUUAGAAGAGAGGAAGCAGUCUGGCCAAAAUGGGCUCAACUACAGGAGAAGUUGACAUGUCAGGAACCUCUGGUGUGGACUCUGGAAGUAACUCGACCUUCCUGGAUUCUGAAUUUCGUUAUGUCCUCUUUCCAGUCGCCUACAGUAUCAUCUUUGUCAUUGGACUUGUUGAGAACAUCUACGUGCUGUAUGUCCUGCGCUGCCUCCGCGAAACCAAGAAUAUGGGCGAAAUCCGCAUCUACAUGACAAACCUGACCAUCGCUGAUCUUCUAUUUGUGCUCGCUCUUCCCUUGUGGAUUGGCUAUUACAGUCGCCGAGGUGAUUGGGUCUACACAGACUUCACCUGCCGGCUUAGUGGUUCGUUGUUCUUCAUCAACACCUACUGCUCCGUCCUCUUCCUCGGAGCCAUCAGCGUCAACCGGUACUGGGCUGUCACCCAGCCUCUGGAUGCUGCCUCUUCAGACCACAGAUGUCGUGGGAUCAUCGUGUGUGUCAUCAUCUGGGUGUUGACCGUGUCAAUGGCUGUUCCAUACCUGGUAUCUCCAGGGACCAACCCUGACAAGAACUUCACUCGCUGUUUUGAGGGGUACCAGAAUCAAACAGAUUUAGAAAAGAAAAAAGUGGCUGCCCCUCAUUUUACAAUAAUUGGAUUAUUUUUUGUUGUCUUUUUCCUUGUCGUGGUGUGUAAUUUCCUCAUUGCUCGGGCAUUACUUUCUCAAAGUCCCGCCCAGUCUAUGAUUAUAUCUAAAAAGUCCACCAGGACCACGUCUUCGACAUCUAGAAGACCCAGAGGCACGAAAAGGAGGGACCUGCAGAUGUUGAUAGCUGUGGUGGGGGUGUUUGUUCUGUGUUUCCUGCCCCACCACAUCAUUCAAGGCCCUUGGACACUGGCAGCGUUGCAGAUCGAGGAGGGCUGGGGCCACGUAAAGUGGAGCGAGGAGACUCGUCAGGUGUUGAACGACGCGCAUCAGCUCACUUUAGUUCUCAUGGGCCUCAAUUGCAUUUUGGAUCCAAUAGUUUAUUGUUUCGCCACAAGGAAGUUCAGAAGAUUCAUCAUGGACCACAUUAAAAAGUUUGGAAAGGGAGAGGACUUUUCAAAGACGGCCACCACACAGCUGUCCAUGGACAGCAGGAAUCAGAGCCUGAGACCCCAGAACGAGGACCAACAGCACGAAAUGGACUGAUUUAAACAAGGUAGAUAUGUUAGUGUAUGUGAAAGAGACAAGAGCACAUACAGCAUGAUGUUGCACCUAUAGCUGAUUGUCUGUGUGGUAUUUGUAGCUACACCCACAGAAUCACUUUUUAAUGUGGCUUAUUGUAGUUUUGCAAGCAGAAGCAAUAAAAUAUGUGUGCAUACCGAUGACUGUCUCCAUCAGAUACGUGACACGCUUGGCUUUGCCUAGGCACGUUCUAUCUGGUUUUGUAAGACCAGGGAAUAAACGUAAGAAAGCUUGAGCUACAUUUCCCCUCCGGGGAACAUACUGUAAAAUUAUCCCAUGAUUCACUGUGACCAAGAAAGCUAAUGCUUAUCAUUAUUAUUCAGAUUUCUGCUGUAUUUACAUUUGAGCCUACCUGCUGUUGCUGCAUUUUUUGUUUUUAAUAGUGCAAGUUUUGUGAUCUUGUGUUGGUCUUUGAUCCAAAAAGUGGUGUUGCUGGUUUGACUCCCUAAGUCUUGAAAUAAAAGUUUUAUUUCUGUGUUCAA